AGCACAGUGAAAUAUAGAAAAUAUAUUUACCGUAGUGAUUAUUAUUUGUAAAUAUAAAAUAAUUAUUAGGAAUUCAAGUGUCCUGCGACAUUUGUGCGUGUUUGAUGAAUGAGUAUAUGGAUGUCGCUGGCGUGCUGUUUGUAACAUAGCGUUGAUACACUUCUUGUUCUCUUUCCUUAUUUAUGGUUUUCCAUUGAUUUUUCGGUUCGGCAUGCAUAGUCUCGGAAGUCGACCCUUGUGCGUGUGUUGUAACGAAUAGACAAUAUAAUCGACGUGCGCGUUUCCAAGUUUUAACAAUGAUUUUCAUAAUAUCAGAUAGUAAAAAUAACAAUGAAAAGGAAGUAGAAGAAAAUUUAAAUCAAAAUAUUCCCAAAGUUACAAUAGAAAAAAAUUGUUCUUUUAUAUUUUUCAACAAAAAGUUAAAUCUAAUACAAGAUUUCAUUAAAAAUUAAUAAAAUUUCAAAUUAACAUCAGAAUGAAAAAAUUAAUUCAGAGAUCAAACAUUAAAAUAACAAUUUUUUAAGCUAAUUAUCUUUAUUUACUUAUACUUACUAGCUUUAAUACCACCAUGAGAAACUUUUAACAGAGAUCAACAAAUUCAAUAUGAAAUACAAAUUUUAAAUGUAACUUAAUGUCUUCUUUUAAUUUCUUCUUUGUUAAAUUUUGUACUAUUAAUUUUUUAUUAAUGUAUUAACCCUUUGCACUCCUAUGUCGAGUAUGACUCAACAUCAGUUUUUAUUUCAGGAGCUACUUUGUCGAGUCUCACUCCACAUUCUUUCAAUAACACCUUUUUUUGUGAAAUGUGCGAAAGAAAACAAGGAUUGCAUCCUGGAAAUUGUUUCAAGAUACACUUAAUACGUACAUACAUAAUACAUACACUUAAAAAUUACAAAAUACAACAAUAGCGUGAAUAAAACUGGUAUUUAAAUGAAUUUGUUUCUUCCUUUAUUUAUUUAAAUUGUCUUAUUUUUUAGUUAAAGUAAAUUUCAAAUAAAGCACUUAAAAGCGUUAGGAGCUGCUGGUAACAAAAUUGAAAUAAAAUUUGGAGUGCAAAGGGUUAAACAUAUUUUCUAAUAUAAUAAAGAUAUCAUGCCUUAAUUCUUUAAAAAAGUCAUAUCAUAACUUUCAUGUAACUAGUGUUACAGUAAUACAAUGAUAUUGUUAAUUAAUAAGAUCUUAAUGUAAAAAAAAUUAUGUAAUACUAUCAUAUUGUAGAUUAAAAUACCUAAGAUAAAAGAUAAAAAAUAAAUAUUUAAUAUUAUACAACACUUCUCACUUCAUCUAAGUAAUUGUGAUACACAAAAAAAUAAUAAAUAUAACUAGUUAAUCUAAAUAUGUGAAGAUAUUAAAAAAGAUGAGGAAUCUAAUUUUGAUUUGGUUUUAAAAGAAAAGUGGAUGGAAGCCCAGAAGAAUGGAGUGUUUCGUUAUAUAUUAAACAUUCAAGAUUGGAAAAUAUUGGAAGGCAAAUAUCACUUUUUAGUCCAGCUAAAUAUUGAUCGCGGUUAUAAAAGAAGAUCUCCAGAAAAUAUUAUUUCAAUGAACCAACCUUUCAAUGAGAAAGAUUUUAACUUUACAAAACUUGUGUCAGAAGAACAAAUAAUGAAUUUAAAUAAUACAGACAAAGAUGAUAUAAUUGCAAUUAAUGCUAGUCCGAUUGAAUACUGUCAUUCUCUGCUGUUGCCACAAAGAUGUAAACAAUUACCUCAACUUGUAACAAAACAUAGCUUAGUGAAAGCUGUUGAGUUGUUUUCCUUGAGUUUGUCUUCAUACAUCAGGGUGGCUUUCAACAGUCUUUGUGCUUUUGCAUCUGUGAACCAUCUUCAUUGGCAUUUAUACUACUUGAAAUGGAGGAUGUUACUGGAAUAUAUUGAUCUUGAAGAAUAUGCAGGACCUAUACAAAUAUUAGGAAACUACCCAGCAAAAGGAUUUUGUAUAAAGUAUUCCAAUGUGCAGAAUAUGGAUGAUUUUGUUAAUUGGGCAUUUUUGAUAAUAAACUAUUUGCAAAAUAAUCAAAUAGCACACAAUAUAUAUAUUACGAGAGGGAAAUCAAAUAUUAAAGAAAAUAAAGAAGAGUACAGAGACGUGAGAAUUUACAUUUGGGCCAGAAAAUCUAGUCAAGGUGCAAAAGAUAUUCAUGCGUUUAAUCUGGCAGCUUGCGAACUUUUUGGACACUUGUCAAUAAAAUCCAAAGAGGCAUACGAGAACGUUACGGAGGAAUAUGUAACACGCGCUUUGCGAGAGGCAACGGAAGAAACUUUCUCUUCUGUUGCUGCUAAAAUUAAAGCGUUAGUAGAAUCUCAAAUAAAUGCAGUUGCAGUACAAAAACAGACAGUGUAAUACUUUCCAAAACUAUAACUAGGCAAAAGCACAUAAAUUGGGAAAUGGAAAAAAUAACGCGGAGCUAAAAUAGCGUCCUCAGUAAUAUUAUGCUUAAACCAUUUUAUAUUUGCGAACUAUAUUCGGUUAUCUUUAAAUUAGCAAAGAGAAAUUGUUUCCAAAUCCAAUUUUGCCGUUUGAGACAUGCAUACGCAAAUACUUAUGCAUAUACAUGUAUAAUAUACGGAUAUACAUCCGUGAUCUCCGGUAUAGUAACAUAACAUUCCUAUUGAGCGUAGCAACCGCGAUUCGCACGGUGUCAAUACAAACCAUUCGUGUUCUGGUAUAGGUAAAUUAAAACAAAAUUGAUGUAAUGUUAGAACUUUACUGUGUACAUUUUUUUCAUUAGUAUAAACAACUAUUACUGUAAUAUUGUUGAGGAAAAUAUCAGGUUGGUAUGAUCACUAGUCCCUCCAUGCAAAGUUGGUACGACUUCCAACAACGCUCUUUUGUUUUGGCGUCCGUCACGUGUUAAUUAUCUGAGUGUAUCCGGUGUCUUCAUAUGGCUGUAUAUGAUGGUGAAAUACAGAACGUAAAAAUUAAAUCUGUGUGAAUCAAAACCUAUUUA